AUAUGCCCUUUAUUUUACAGAAAUUUGGUUUAAAAUUAAGUUUAAAAGAUGUUUACUGAAAAUAUAAUUUGUGUUUGCCUGUUUUGUGCAACUCUUCUUACUUUAACCAACUCACAAAUCCACAGCCACAUACGACCACCGUUGGAAAACCGUAUGCCAGUACCAGCGGUCCUUGGGGCGCCAUCUAGCGAAUGGAGUGUAUGGAGCGAUUGGAGUGAAUGCAGCCGCUCGUGUGGUGGGGGCAUGCAAGAGCAACAUAGAAGAUGUCACAGACGUGAACAGAACAUCAGAAUCCCUGGAGCUCCGAACGGUUGCAAGGGUUCUUACAAGCAAUAUCAACCCUGCGGUGAAAUGCCUUGCCCUGAUGGAUCCGCCAACACACGAAGAGCUCACUGCGCAGAAUACAACAAACGUCUGUUCGCUGGUAAUACAUACAUCUGGGAGCCAAUGAGUCGAGGAGGCCCAUGCCAGUUGAACUGCCGCGCCAGAGGUCACCGAUUCUUCGUUCGCCAUUCCUCAAAAGUAACAGACGGCACGGACUGCUCUUACAGUACCCUCAGCAGCAGAGAAAGGAAUUACCUUGGCGGAUUACAGGGGAGGCCGAAACACCUGUGUGUGGAAGGGAGGUGCAUGAAAAUUGGUUGCGACGGGAAAUUCGGAUCCGGGGCAACUUGGGACAAAUGUGGUGUAUGCGGGGGCAACAGGGAACGUUGCACAUAUUUUAACGGGAUCUUCCGUCCUACCCACUUAAGUCACAACUUCCACCGAGUUGUGAUUAUUCCUGCUGGAGCUGAGAGAGUUAACAUUACUGAAGUUAGGAAAAGCAAGAGCUGUAUCGCGUUACGAUCAGCCGGCAACCCAUCGCGUAUGUACAUUAAUGGUGACCUAAAGCUUGGCCUGCUGGACCCCAGUGGUAGAUACAACGUUGCAGGAACUUCUUUCGAUUACCAACGACCUCGCCUUUCCAUGAAAGGCGAAACUAUGACGGCUAAAGGGCCAACUACCGAAGACCUUGAAGUCUUGCUUUAUUUCCAACACGAUAACCCUGGGAUCCAGUACGAGUACAUUACACCACGAAACCCACCUGUUACAACUACAAAUAGUGGACCUGAGAAUCCAAGAGCCAGCGAACUCGACGGCGGAAACUCAGACCAUGGCUUUGACCUUGCUCACCGAGAUGGGAAUACUCCGUCAUAUCCAACGCACACUGGGACUGGACGCUUUGCUGGCGGUAAUACAGGCGCUGGCAUGCAUAUCUAUCGCAACCGUUAUACUGCUGUGGGACGCGGCUCAAGUUACUACCGGAACAGGAACCGAAAUUACGGGAAUCGGAUUUCUGACGGCGAGUCUGUGGAUCGCGAAGACAACUCAAACGUGAGGAGAGAAAUCACGCGAAUACAUCGACUCAAUGGACCGAUCGUGGCGGGAGGAUCGAACCCGUUAGGCCGCACAAAGUGGAUGAAAGUUGGCUUCGGUCAAUGCUCGCAAAGUUGCGCUGAAGGUAAGAAGACAUCAAUCAUCAAGUGCAUACAGUUAUCAUCCCGACAAACCGUGGACGACCAGUAUUGCACUGGACAACGACCUAAUCCUCAAGUAAGAAGAUGUAACCGCCAACCGUGUCCUGCUUACUACGACGUUGGAGAAUGGCUUGAGUGCUCAAGGACCUGCGGGUAUGGACGGCGCACACGAACAGUUAUAUGUCGUCAGUUAUUCGCUGGUAAUUUCACUUCGGCCGUCUCCCAUAGUAGGUGCAGACGGCUCACCAAGCCAGCGUCUCAUGAACGAUGUUCGGUGCGAGAAUGCGCGCAUUGGGAGCCAGCAGCACAGUGGUCACCAUGUAGUUCCCGAUGUGGAGCUGGGACACAGACAAGACACUCAGUGUGCAAGAAUGGUGAUGGACAAGUCCUUUCAGAUCAUGAAUGUGGAUCCGUACGACGUCCAGCUACUAUGCGAUCCUGCGACGCUGGGCCGUGUCUUACCAAAUGGUUCUUCACAGAUUGGGAACAGUGCUCUGCCGACUGCGACCGUGGUCAACAACGCAGGAACGUCGUCUGCAUCAACACGGCAGAUUCAGCAGCGGGAUGUCAACGAAGACAUCAACCUGAAGCGACACGAACAUGCGCAAGAUCUUCAUGUGGGGUUAAAUACGAAUGGUUCGCAGGGAAUUGGGGUCCAUGCUCAAGUAACUGCGGUAACGGGGUUCAGAAUCGAAAGGUGACGUGUCUAAGCAUAGCUGCGGAUGGUACAAUGUCUGUCGCAGCUGGAACCAACAACCGACUACCUUGUUUAAUGAGUGACAAGCCUGACACCCAGCGGCCAUGUAAUACCCAAGCUUGUGGCUCUAGGUGGCACUACACCUUAUGGACGGAGUGUUCGGUUUCUUGCGGGGGUGGGUCUCGAACCCGGGAUGUUCAUUGUUUGGACGAAUCCGGCAGUUUCAGUUCACUUUGCAAUCAAUCUCAGAAGCCCAAGAACGCAGAAAGAUGCAACACCGUUAGUUGUUUCGCUUUAAGAGUUCUCUUUCGUUUCAGAUCCAAACUGCGAGGAUCAGCGGUCAGACUGCGAACAGUAUCGCCGGGCGCGUUUCUGCGCCUACCCCAUGUACCGUAACGUAUGCUGCGCCACUUGUUCGCGGGAAUUGGCUGGACACACGACGGCAUCCCACGGCCGAUGACGGAGAACAUCUUCACACGAACUUAUAUACCAGAGAGCUCGCCAUCAGAGGAGCUACAGAGCUGUCAGUCCACGCACGAUGACGUCACAACUCUUGAGAUCCACGUAUGGUGACUCAGUGUUGCCAUUUUUUUCUUUAAUAACUAAACACUGCACGGCAACACUUGGCCACCAGAUUUCUCUUCCGAGUAAUAUCUUUCAAUACACAAGUUCCAGUAUUCAAUGUUACUCCGCCCGUUGGUAAAUGUUCCAAACGAACCGGGCGUUAUGUGUUCAAUUUUUCAUCUUUCUACUUCUCGUUUUUUAUUUCUUUAUGUUUUUUUUAAGCAUUUUCCUGUCACAAUAAUCUGCACCAACAUUUCGCGUUUCCCGAACAUUCUGCCCACAAGUUCAAUCUCAAUUUUAAUUCAGCAUAGAAACAAUAUUACAGUUCCUUCUCUUUUACUUCUAAGGUGUCCAUUGUUACAGAUUUCACCAACUUAUUACACUUCUUUCCAUAUUGUAGGUUGGGGUAAGAUGGCCCAUGAUUACAUUCUGUUUAUCGUACAAUUUGGUAGUAGACAAAGAAAAUUAACAAAAAUUGUUAACCAUAUUCUUACAAAUCUAAAAUGGCCUUGAUAGUUGUUAAAACACGAUUAGGAAAAUGGAAUAUUGUGUGCUAACAGUAUCCCAUCUUACCCCGGUGGCCAGAGAAACACAAGCCGUUUUACUCCCACAUAAGCCUAAUAUAUCUUAAUCUUUAGAUUGUUUUAAUAUUUUUCUUACCCAAGUACAUGGCGAUGGCGUAACAGUUUCGCUGUUUUACUCAAAAACCGCUGAAAUAUAACAAGUAUGUCUUCCUGUUCUAAUCUUUUUUACUUUCACUUGACAACUUUUGGUAUUCCUAAAUACCUGCGUUUUAAUGUCUUUUUAUAUCCGCCAGUUACACUAAUUGUGCACAGCCCACUUUGCUUGUUCUAUAUUAGGGUGGGGAAAUUGGGCAUCUUUUUAUUCUAUUUUCUCGUCCCACUUGGUAGUAAACAAAGAACAUUCAAAUAAUGAUAAAACCGUAUCUUCAAAACUCCCACAGACCGUUGUUAAUUGUUCAAAACAAGAUCAAGAUAUUUGUAUAUUAUUUUGUGCUAGAGGUGUCCCAUCUUCCCCACUCUACUAUAUCAACUUAUUCACCACUAUUCUCUUAUUAGUAACAAGUAUGGUAACCCAAGCGCCCAUAUGUUAUACACAGUAGUGAAUACAGCAUAUAGCUCGUGUAGUAGCUGCAACAGCUAACACUAGAGCAUUUACAUUUCCCCAAGCGCCCAAAUGUAAGGUCCCAUACACUAACAAUGUUUCUUACAGACGAUACUUAUAUAUUUCGCGCUUUCAAUGGAUUUUUCGCUAUCCUGAUUAUUUAUUACACUAAAGUGAUUUGCUGGCCGCGAAAUAUGUGCUUUCUAAUAAAGUUUAAUAUACCAUGAA